AGGCGUCGGAGCGGGCGUCGGAGCUGCCCGAUAGGGGAGAGAGAGAGUGGAAAGAGAAAGAGGGCGAGGAGGAGAGGGAGCCAGAGGCGAAAAAGUAACUGUCAAAUGCGCGGCUCCUUUAACCGGAGCGCUCAGUCCGGCUCCGAGAGUCAUGGCGACCGCAGCGUCUAACCACUACAGCCUGCUCACCUCCAGCGCCUCCAUCGUGCACGCCGAGCCGCCCGGCGGCAUGCAGCAAGGCGCGGGGGGCUACCGCGAGGCGCAGAGCCUGGUGCAGGGCGACUACGGCGCGCUGCAGAGCAACGGGCACCCACUCAGCCACGCUCACCAGUGGAUCACCGCGCUGUCCCACGGCGGUGGCGGCGGCGGCGGGGGCGGCGGCGGCGGGGGCGGGGGCGGCGGCGGGGGCGGCAGCGACGGCUCCCCUUGGUCCACCAGCCCCCUGGGCCAGCCGGACAUCAAGCCCUCAGUGGUGGUGCAGCAGGGCGGCCGCGGCGACGAGCUGCACGGGCCAGGCGCCCUGCAGCAGCAGCACCAGCAGCAGCAACAGCAGCAGCAACAGCAACAGCAGCAACAGCAGCAGCAGCAGCAGCAGCAACGGCCGCCGCAUCUGGUGCACCACGCUGCCAACCACCACCCCGGGCCCGGGGCAUGGAGGAGCGCGGCGGCUGCAGCGCACCUCCCACCCUCCAUGGGAGCGUCCAACGGUGGCUUGCUCUACUCACAGCCCAGCUUCACCGUGAACGGCAUGCUGGGCGCCGGCGGGCAGCCGACAGGGCUGCACCACCACGGCCUGCGGGACGCGCACGACGAGCCACAUCAUACCGACCACCACCCGCACCCUCACUCUCACCCACACCAGCAGCCACCGCCGCCGCCGCCCCCACAGGGCCCGCCAGGCCACCCAGGCGCGCACCACGACCCGCACUCGGACGAGGACACGCCGACCUCGGACGACCUGGAGCAGUUCGCCAAGCAGUUCAAACAGAGGCGGAUCAAACUGGGAUUUACCCAAGCAGACGUGGGGCUGGCGCUGGGCACCCUGUACGGCAACGUGUUCUCGCAGACCACCAUCUGCAGGUUUGAGGCCCUGCAGCUGAGCUUCAAGAACAUGUGCAAGCUGAAGCCUUUGUUGAACAAGUGGUUGGAAGAGGCAGACUCAUCCUCGGGCAGCCCCACAAGCAUAGACAAGAUCGCAGCGCAGGGGCGCAAGCGGAAAAAGCGGACCUCCAUCGAGGUGAGCGUCAAGGGGGCUCUGGAGAGCCAUUUCCUCAAAUGCCCCAAGCCCUCGGCCCAGGAGAUCACCUCCCUCGCGGACAGCUUACAGCUGGAGAAGGAGGUGGUGAGAGUUUGGUUUUGUAACAGGAGACAGAAAGAGAAAAGGAUGACCCCUCCCGGAGGGACUCUGCCGGGCGCCGAGGAUGUGUACGGGGGGAGUAGGGACACGCCACCACACCACGGGGUGCAGACGCCCGUCCAGUGAACUCGAGGGGGGGGAGGGGCAGAGCGCGGGGCUCCCCCUCCCCUUCGGCCCACGGUCCUUUCCGGACCCCUGUUCCCUCUCUAACUUUUGAUUGUUCUUUUUAUUUUUAAUUAUUAUUUCCCCGUCCCUUAAAAAGAAAAAAAAAAUAAGGAAAAAGGAAAGCAACUAAGACACUGGACUAUCCUAUAAACGAUAGCAGGUGUAAUGAUGUGUUUUGACCUUUACAGGCGAGUACCCAGGCAAUGAAGUAGAGUGUCUCCUAGAGAGAGUGAGAAGAGUGUGUGUUUGUGUGCGUGAAAGAGAGAAAGAGAGGUGGCAAGCACUGAGAUAAAUACCUGGCAAAACUAAAUAAAUUACCAAAAAGAAAAAGAAACCCACCAAACCAUGAUAAACACAAAACUGCAGCUCCCUCAUGCUUGAUGCUUGGAGUUGGGACAUGCUGCUGUGUUUAUUUAAUGUGGAUUCCCAUCAGGAAAGAGGAAAAAAAUCACACAUUCUUUGAUAUAGGCAAAAUUUAACCACAUAAAUUUGCACUGCAAGAAAAUUGAAGUUUACAUGAACAAAUUCAUAAACAUAUUUUUUCUUUUAAUCCCCACGGUUAAUUUUGGAAUUGCCGUUUUGGUUUGGUUUUGCUUUGCUUUGCUUACUCAGUAGAGAGAAUUGAAGCCAGUUCUUGGCCGCUCUCCAUUUCUAGUUCUUGUAUUGCCCCUUCUUACUGUUUGUGAAGUUUGAUUACCUUCAUAUUCCCUUUGAAUUGAUGUAACAUUUAUUUGUUCUUUUUACCAAAGCAAAAUGAUUGAAUUCAUACAAAAGAAAAAAAAAACCUAAUUGCUUGCUUUGGGGAAAUGUGUAUGGUCUACACACUUUAUCCAAGGCAAGACUCUAGUUUAGAAUAUAAAAAUAAGAGUCAAGCAUUGGUUUUCUUACCACCCACAAAGUAAACUUCAUUUUCAGGCAGUGUUUCUGGGGGAGGUUAUACAGGGGAGAAAAAGAAAAAUCAAUAGUGAGUGACUGAUUGCUUCAUUUUAUCAGGCGGGCCCAUUGUGAAAGAGCUCAAAGGAAACGUGGAGGUUAAAUAUAUUUCCAGAGUUGUCCAACAGAAAGAAAGUGGCACUUUGAAGAGAGCUAAGUGAAUAUAUAUCUUCAGCUACCCCCAUAUAGUUCUCUGCUUUUAGUUUUAAUAACUUAAUUAUGAGAAAUUAUUUGUGCUGACUGCAGCAACUAAACUUUGUUCCUGAAAUUGUCUUUUUUUUUUAAGCAUAAAUAACAUAACCCAGGAACUCAAUGCUGUAUGCACUUACCGUGUUUCUUAGCACACAAAUACCCAUAUGCAUACAUAGACCAUAGACUGGAUUUGUCCUCACUAGUUCAUUUGUUUAUCAGUCAUAUUUAGGGGUCCCAGAUCUUCUUUCCCUCUAACUUAUUACAGAAAAUACCAAUUUCACUUGGACUGCUCCUCCCUUCAAUAAGGAAGCCAAAUGAAGUGAAAAUAAAAUGCCAUUUUCAAUCCUUCCUCUCUCCCCUUUGUUAAUAGUUUUAAGUGCAUUUUUUUUUUUUUACCUUAUCUUGAUGGAAAACAGUUAACUCCCAACACAAAAAAACUCUACUGGAAAGUGUAGGUGAAAACAAACAAACAAACUUGUAACUGUAUUGAAAAUAAAUACCAUUAAACUGUGAUCAGUUAAAAUUUUAAAAAUAAUAAUCAGCACAAAAGGGCGCUAAAAGGGAAGACACUUUUUAUUAACCUUAAAAGUUUGGGGCUUUUUUUCCUGGCUAGGAGUAGAUAAAUGUUUAUUUUAAAAGUUGAAUUUUCACUACAUAAAAUUAUGGUUCAGCAUCAGAUUAGUAUUGCACUCAGUAGUUAAGGUUUUAGAAAAUAUGCUUUAUACAGUAUUGUCUUUCCAAACACCUGUGAUUGUUUCAUUUUCAAUGUUUUUGCAAGAUAAAUGGUGACUUAUAAUGGGCAUAUUCAUUUGCCUGUAUUUCAUUUCCCCCAAUGAAUGUCACAAGUAGAUGGGCACCGGAGCUGCUUCGGGUACAUCACUCUGCUUGUUCCUGAGGUGUGGGGACUGGCCUUCAGUGAAGCAAUCCAGAGCAGGGCAGAGAGCUAAUGGUAAAGGGAGGAAAUGAAUUUUCAGAUACUUAUUACCAAGUAGGUAAGGUCAGAAGCUGGAGUUCAGGGGAUGUUUCUACAGUUCCUCUAGCUCUCAUAGGUUUACUAAGAUGAAAGUUACCACUGAACCUUACCACAAUGUAUAUAUGUUUAAUAUCUGUCUUUUGAAAUGCAGAAAUAGUUUAAAUGUUUCUUUGUCUAUUUUUCUUUUUUUUUUAAUGCUACCCAGGGAAAUAUUUUCAUAUCAUUUUUAAGUGGCCUGCCUCAAUGUAUAUUUAUUUCUUUUGAAGCAAAAAGGUUCUGGAAACUGUUUUUCUGUAGCUUUAAAUGAGUAGGUGAGCAAAAUCUAUAUGGGAUGUAAUUUUUUUGUUCAGUCUCUUUAAAAAUACUUUGUUUUGGUACAUUUGGUUGUGCUUGUGGGGAAAAUAAAAGCGCAGAGAUCCUUAUAUAUUUAUGUUAAAGUAAUAUUUUAUUAUUACAUAAAACAGAAAUGCACAAUA